AUGUCCGCCAAGUCGAUUUUCGAGGCCGACGGCAAGGCCAUCCUCAACUACCAUCUCACUCGCGCUCCUGUUAUCAAGCCGAGCCCUCUUCCCAAACCCACCAAGCACAACCCUCCUCCCAAGCUGGCAGCCUUGAGCUUCCCGGAGGAUGCUGAUGUGAACGAUGUGCUCAACCAGGCUGAGGUCACCUACCCUUGGCUGCUGCACCCUGAUGCCAAGUUCGUCGCAAAGCCCGAUCAGCUCAUCAAGCGUCGUGGCAAGAGCGGUCUCCUGGCUCUGAACAAGCCCUGGGCAGAGGCCAAGGCUUGGAUUGCUGAGAGGGCACGCAAGGAGCAGCAGGUCGAGCACGUUUCGGGCCUUCUGACUCAGUUCCUGGUUGAGCCCUUCGUCCCCCACCCUCAGGAUACUGAGUACUACAUCAACAUCAACUCCGUGCGCGAUGGCGACUGGAUUCUCUUCACACACGAGGGUGGUGUUGAUGUCGGCGAUGUUGACGAGAAGGCCGAGAAAUUGCUGAUUCCCGUCGACCUUGCUGAGUUCCCCUCCAACGAAGAGAUCGCGUCGACGUUGUUGAGCAAGGUACCCAAGGGCGUGCACAACGUGCUUGUUGACUUCAUCACCCGUCUCUACGCCGUCUACGUUGACUGCCAGUUCACCUACCUCGAGAUCAACCCUCUCGUUGUCAUCCCCAACGAGGACAAGACCUCUGCUGAGGUUCACUUCCUUGACCUUGCCGCCAAGCUUGACCAGACCGCCGACUUUGAGUGCGGUGUCAAGUGGGCCAUUGCUCGGUCGCCAGCUGCUCUCGGCCUCACCAACGUCGCGCCCGCUACCGGCGAGAAGGUCAACAUCGAUGCCGGUCCCCCCAUUGAGUUUCCCGCGCCCUUCGGCCGCGAGCUCACCAAGGAGGAAGCUUACAUUGCCGACCUCGAUGCCAAGACUGGUGCUUCGCUUAAGCUCACUGUUCUGAACCCCAACGGCCGUGUAUGGACCCUUGUUGCUGGCGGUGGUGCAUCGGUCGUUUAUGCUGAUGCCAUUGCCUCCGCCGGCUUCGCCGAUGAGCUUGCCAACUAUGGUGAAUACUCAGGUGCUCCCACCGAGUCGCAAACCUACCACUACGCCCGCACUGUCCUUGACCUCAUGCUCCGCGCACCCAUGUCGGACAAGGGCAAGGUUCUGUUCAUUGGUGGCGGUAUUGCCAACUUCACCAACGUUGCGAGCACCUUCAAGGGUGUGAUCCGCGCACUACGUGACUUUGCUACUCAGCUAAAUGAGCACAACGUUCAGAUUUGGGUCCGUCGUGCCGGCCCUAACUACCAGGAGGGGCUCAAGAACAUCAAGGCUGCUACCCAGGAGCUCGGUAUCAACGCCAAGGUCUUCGGUCCGGACAUGCACGUGUCGGGUAUCGUGCCCCUUGCUCUUGUCCCAGGCAAGUGGGAGGAGAGCAAGGCUCAGGAGUUCUCGGCAUAG